AUGCCCGACAUCCUCUUGCGAGCUGCUGCUUCUGGUGCCGAGAUUGCGAAAGUAGCCGUCGAGCCCCUCGAGCCGGUUGCACGGCUCCGCCGAGCUGCGGUGGCGGCUGGGCACGGAGGCCCAGCCGAGCUGCGCUGCGGCCUGCGGUUGAUGUGUGGCUCCGAGGUGCUGCGCGACAGCGCGACGAUGGAGGCAUCGGGCCUUGGUGGUGGCGGCACGGUGGACGUGGUGAAGGUGCCGGCCCUGGAGUUCUGGCGCGAGAGCAACAUCGCUUGGAACUCGAUCCAAGUUCCGCUGGGGGGCGCGCUCGGCGAGGGCGCCAAAGUGCAGCAAGUUGGUUUCGAUCGCCUCGUGGCAUUCCCUGCGCGCCCGGCCUGGCGGCGCUAUCUCGAAGACCCGUUUUCCGCGUUUUCCCCGGGUUCCUAUGACGAAGAGCUUGAAGCGUCUGCACUCUCUGAUUUCAUCGGCCCCUACGAGAUCAAGCGCUUCGAGGCGUCGGACGUCUGGUUGAUCGGUGCUAACGAGCCCGUUGCCUUGGAGGGCUCCGUGAAGAUCAGCUCUGGCUACAUCAGCACAAGACGGAUCGCCUUGCCCCUGCCGGAGGGUCACGCCAUCCAUGCCUUUAAGCUGGAGAGCGGAUGCGCCACCGUGCUGUUGGCUCCGGGGCUGGCGGGUGAAGCCAUGGAAGGUCUAAAGGAUGGGAUGCUUCAGAAAUUUCGCCUUCAUGGCCUCGACGAGGAGGAUCUCCGUGCGGCCCGUUUUGAGGCAGAAGGUGCUCCUGUUCCCUUCAAGUUCAAGUUCCCAGCCGUGUCCCAUGGGCAUGAUCCUCGUGUCGAAGGCUAUGAUGUGGUGAUGCGCGACUUUAACUGGCUGGAGGGCGACCAGUCUGACGGCCGCAGAGGAAAAGGCUUCGGGAGGGGCUCACGUCGUGAUGGGAUCUUUGGCCGUGAUCGCUGCGGCCAGUUGCUCGCCCGAUAUUGCGAUCAACAAGAUCCAGGGCAAGAUCUCCAGCGGGGCUUCAACUUCGAAGUUUGCGAGCUGCGAGAAGGUGCCGAGCCUUGGCAACUGGCCACAUGGAAAGCCGUAGGCCACAUCAACCACACCUGCCAGGCGUUGGGGGACCGGCUCAUGCUGAUGCCCACAAGGGCUGGUGAGGACGCUUUCUAUGAGAGCAUGCAGCUGAUCGAGUGGCCUACACAGAGCAAAGUGCGAGAGGUUCCCUUACAGUUUCGGCCGAGCUACAUCGAGUCCGAGUGGCCACGUGGGAUCCUUGCCGGGAGCACACAGACUUUCUUUACCUGCCACGAGAUUGAGGAGCUCAGUGAAACCGUCUUCGUUUUCGCGACCCCGGAGAUAUGA